UUUUGCCUGUCGCCUGGUCUAUGGGACAGCUUCUCACACAUCAUCCAUUCAUAGCCUCACUUACUGGGAAACUAAUAAUUCACCUGCAAUCUGCAACCAUAAUAACUCCCCUCCGACGUUUUGUGACUAUUGCCAGCUGACAUGGAGAGCCAGCGAAGACACGGACACCACGCACUGUGCCACACCUGCCGAAGAGCGCACAGCAGCAGAAUGAAGGUCAAGAAGAUGUCGUGGUCCAGCCGUGCGCUGUUCUUUGCGCUCGCCCUGACGCUCUACGCGGUAGAAAUGGCAUCUGCAGAGACGCUUUGCGGGGGGGAGCUGGUGGAUGCGCUGCAGUUCGUGUGUGAAGAUAGGGGCUUCUAUUUCAGUAGGCACCCUAGCAGAGUCAACAACCGGCGAACACAGAACCGUGGUAUUGUAGAGGAGUGUUGUUUCCGGAGCUGUGACCUCAACCUGCUGGAGCAGUACUGUGCCAAACCUGCCAAGUCAGAAAGAGAUGUGUCAGCCACGUCUCUGCAGGUCAUACCUGUGAUGCCCGCAGUAAAACAGGAAGUCCCAAGGAGGCAGCCUGGAAACUCGAAGUACUCCAAAUACGAGGUGUGGCAAAGGAAGGCAGCCCAGCGGCUCCGGAGGGGCGUCCCCGCCAUCCUGAGAGCCAGAAGGUUCCGGAGGCUGGCAGAAAAGAUCAAAGCCCAGGAGCAGGCAGUCUUCCACAAGUCUCUGAUCAGCCUGCCCAGCAAACUGCCCCCAGUCUUGCUCACCAUGGACAACUAUGUUAACCACAAAUGAGCCCGCUGACAGCCCUUUGCACAGACAAAAGUUUGGAGGGAGAAAAAAAGACUAGGGGGAUUAUAGCUUUGUCUCUGACGUCAUUUCUGUGGCAGUCCUCUUUGACCUCCCCUGCCCUGUCCAAGCCCACCGAUCCCCCUCCUACCCAUCCACCGCUUCUUGACCCCGUGCCCCAUCUCUAAUGUCUCCCAGCCACCCACCAUCCUCUGCCACACAAACACGCCUUCACAUUCUUCCUGUCUGAAGUCUUUUGCUCCCUCUCUCUUUCAGUCACCGACACAAAAGGCACAAAUACAAACGACGAACAAAAAGUUAACAAUUCUGGUGAAUGAGAUUCAGGUGGAUCCUUAAAUAACACAGAAAAGGGAAGUGAGAAAAGAAGAUGAAAGAGAGCUAUGGUUUGCAAGUGUCAAAAGGACACCCAGAGGAAUGGUGUUUUUUUUGUUGUUGUUGUUGUUGUUGUUGUUGUUGUUGUUUUUGGUCCGUGUGGGAGACAGUUGAAAGUGAAGAGCCGUUUGCAUGAACAGAUCCAUUCCACAAUAUUUUCCUGAGGCAAAAAUCUCUGUUAGUUCUUUUUCUUUUUUAGUUUGCACCUCUUCCUAUAAAAGGACUUCCACACUGUAAGGAAUUAUUUUGUAAAAUUAGAUUCCUGUUCCAGCACCUUUUGAUCACAAACAAAAAGCAGAAGAGUCUGCAAAAUUGCACAUUGCCACGGAUUACGUCAAAGUAAAGAAAAAAAGGCACUAUUUUUUUAUGAACAAUGGAUGUGUAGCUUAAAAAAAUGUCAUGGUGCUAGCUUUGGGAAUGGACUCAAAGAAGAGGUUGAAAAGCACGUUUGUUUGGUUUUUUUUUAUUUUUUUUUAUGAAUAUUAAAGCUUUCCGUUUUAAGGAAAGUGUGACUUUUAAAAAAAGGAAAAUAAAGGAUAUGGGAGAGCUCCUGGUGGUGGCAUCACAAAGGGGGAAGAAUGACUGGGCAGUGUUGGCGUCUCAGCUCACACUGAGUGCUCAUGGCUGCUCAUCACUAGCGUGCCAUCUAAGGUGGCAAGGAGGACGUGAGACUUUGUCCCUUUCCCUCUGAGGCUGCUGAACACAGGCAGAGAUAUGGGGACAAAAAUAAAAUGACACCAUGGAACGCCUGGAUUGGGACAGUGCUACAGUGGUGGGACAGUAUGUCUUGUUUGCCAUGGCUGUGUGCAGACUGUUCUGACAUGAAGUCACGUGGCACGGAUAAAGACCGAAUGAGAUGGUGAUGAUUAUUGUUUUGUCUUUUUUUCCUUGUUUUCUUUUGUAUCAUUGUUUCAAUGAAAAAAAGGAA